UAGGUGGUACUUCCCAAGUACUGGGUGAACUUUGGUGAAUGGUGUGGGUUGACAAAGCAAAGUGAAUUAGGCUGCACCUCGCAUCAUUCCUGAAGUGUUUGAUGGAAAUGAUAACUAUCUGAUACAUGCAAAGUGGUGAUGAGCUCAAUAUCCAUUGCAGGAAUGUCUUCCUCUCAAAUCAGUGUUUUGCUUUCCCCCCAGCUAUGUUGCGCCAAGCUUCACUAGCUAAGCUGGUGAAGCCCGUGUCUGCCCUUGUGGCUGCUGGCAUUUGGCAAUUCCCCACAGUGAGCCACAAAUUUGCCAGGCCAGAGCGGCCUGACUCGCACCGAAGAUGGUCAGCAUCAUCCGUGAGGUGCCAAGUUACCACGGCAGAUGAAAGGUUGGUGGAAGACGUCUUGCAUUUCCAACUCGUGGAUCAAGAGAUGCGAGCCCUCGCAAGGAAGAAGUUAGAAGGUCUCAAAGGAAAUAUUCCUUGGGAAAAGGUGGCUUUAGUUGGAGGUGUGGGUCUCGGUGCGGCUUUGGCACCCAAGCUGUUGCUUGCGGUCUUGGGCUUCAAGGGGUCAACCAUUGCCGCCGGCUCAUGGGCUGCCUCGGUGCAGCCAGCAGCCAUUGCAAGUGGAAGUUGGUUUGCCUGGGCUCAGUCAACAGCAGCCACAAGUGGAGUCUUCGCGAAGCUUGGUGCCACAUCAUCUGCUCUGACGGUGGUGGCAACCAAGACCAAGGAGGUGGACAUGACAGACAAGGAACUGCUCAUGACCCUGGUCGAGAAGGAAUUGUUUGACUAUGAGAUUCGCAAUCUCAUGACUAAAAAGCUUCAGUGCAGAGCAAAGCCAUGAAUAUGGUGAGGCUUUGGUCAGCUUCGAUUUAGACCACCUUGAGCCGGGCUGCGCACAUACCCGGUGAAAA